UAUUCAAAUUAUUUAUUCUAACCCAUGUUUCACGAAUUUUUUCACUGCUAACUUCAAAGCAAUUUAAUCCAAAAUAACAGUGUAAAACAAAACUCUCAAGUAAAUCGUUGUCACAAAUGGACUUUUAAAUUGAAUAUGAAAAAAAAAUCAAAUUUCCCAUAAUUAACAAAUUUUCAAAUUGUCAAAUAGUCAACGAAAAGAAUAUUUUCCUUCAUUUUAAUUUGCAAUAUUUAGUUAAAAAAAUACUGACAGUCAAAAAAAAAAAAAUUAAAAGUGAUUUUAAAAAAAAAAAUAAGUGAGAAAAAUAUAUUUUCUCUUUGCACGAAAAAUUAUUUUCCCUAAGACCAUUAGAUCUGUCAUUUUACAAUGUUUCCAAAUUAUUCUCAAUCAACGUUUAUCGAAUUUUUAUUAUUAAAUUUUUAAUAAAAAUAAAAAAAACACACAAAAAAUGCGGGGUCCCAGUAUAUACAACGUUUUUGAUCAAUUUUUGGAUUUUCUUAUGGGCAUUGUGAGCUGGUUUUGGGACACAAUUGAAUUACUUGUGGACAUCUUUCUCGAGUUCCUUACAAGAACAUUGGAACUAAUAAUAGUCCUGAUGAAUCUCCUAUUUCAGGUGAUUUGUUUUCUUCGCGAUUUAUGCAUUGAGGCGAUGCAAACAUUUGCCAAUGUCUUUCAAGGAAUUGUAAAUGUCAUUGGUAGUAUUACAUGUGACGAUGUUGAGGAUUUUGCCUCGGCAUGCAUCGUCGUUUUAUUAUGGUUGGGAGCUAUUAAAGUUGUUAUCAGCAUUUUAAAUCAGAAUUCUGGCUUUUCCUUGUUCAAUCCAUUUGCUAAAUCUGACUCAAUGGAGUGCGCCGCAGGAUGUAUGAAAUUAGAGGAAUGUUGUGCACCAAGACGAGCAACGAAACGUAGAGGUUUGACUCGAAGACGAGGUCGAAGACGUUUCAAUUCACCUUCUUGAUGAUAUAUAUAUAUCACAGCACAACGAAAUAAAAAACAAACGUGCGGCCAACGAAGAUUUGUUAUUGUCUCUGUGUCUGUUGUUGAAACUGUUUUGCAAUAAAGAUUUUAUCUUAUUUUCACUAUUGAGUUUUUUUUCAACUUUUAAAAUAACAAUUUUUCUUUCUUUUUUUCCACUAAAUCAAAAAAAUACUUGAAAAUUAUUUAAAACUUUCAUUCAUUUAUUUAUAACAAAGUGUAAAGACUUAUAAUAUAUAUAACUAUAUAAAAUAUAAAUACGUAGUUUGCUUUUUGAUCUAUUAAUAACUAUUUACAGAAUUAAAUAAUUAACUUCGAUUACGAAUCAAAGUUUCGUUUUAAAAAUUUCUCGAAUUUUCAUCAAUAAAAUAAUUAAAAAAAAAAAA